AGGGCUCAGAGCGAGCGUUCACGAGACGGGGGGGGGGGAUGGCCAUGGCUUUGCGCGUGCUGCUCCUUCAGCUGGGCCUGGCUCUGGCGGAUCCGCAGAAACCCGAGAGGAUCCGCCGAGACUUCCACAACCUCUUCGUGGUGGUAAUGAUGGGCUUGAUCACCGCAUGGGUAGCCAAGGUGAUGUACCAGAUCUUCCGUGCCGCGGAGGUGAACUUCCGGCUCACCCGGAGCCGGUCGCUGCAGCUGGAGGCCAUGAGCAUCUACGCCCAGGACUUUCAGAUGCUCAUCAGGCAGCAUUUUAACCAGAUCCUCCGCAUCCGGCGCACAGUGCCACCAAAGCUGGUGGCGAGACAUGAAGUGACGGCCCAUGUGCACCCGGAAUCCAUCAGAUGCCUGUGGGUUGGGGAGGAGGACUCCGGGGGUGGACCCAUGGGCUUUGGUGUGGAAUUUGACAUUGAUGCCUCUGUGCCUUGCUGCGUCCAGCUGUACUGGGGAGUCAACGCCCAGGCUUGCAACGAGUUCGUUCACAGGAGCCAAGCAGAGUCGAGCCAGAGCCGUCGAGGUAACUCCCUGGGGCCCCUUCGAAAUCUUCGAGGUCGGUGGACGGGCGGACGGUCCUGCACAAAUCCCGAGACCACGCGGUCGCUCUUGGAGAUGGAGGAUCUCACUAGUUCAAAUUGCGUUGCACCUGAGGGCCGAAACGCGCCAGCCAGCGCAGAGACAGCAGAAGAUCGGCUCUUUGCGCCAUCCCAGUACCACUCGCAAUCGCGAGAUUUCUUCCUGCCGGCGGGCUGUGGACAGCGAUACGUCACGCCGGCAGGGGACCUGAUUCACCCUAACAUGCUGUCGGAGUUGGACAUGAGAGCAGAAUGGCUGCGCAGUGGCCAAGAGCCGGCAGUCAUUCCGUUGGCCAUUGUAGUGAUCGCCUCAGGCUCCAAGGCGUCGACCUCCGUGCAGGGUCGCCCGGUGCUGGAGACCAAAGGCCAGAUCUCCAUCGUGCGCUUCACCGAGGGCCGGGGCCAGUCCGCCCCCUUCAACUCGGCCGAGGUCAUCCGACAGCUCUGCUUCAGCGAGAACUCGGCCAUGGAGGUGCAGGGCAUCUACGGCUUCGAAGACGCAGGGGAGAGCGAGUGCAUGAUUUGCUACGCUCGCCCCAAGAAUGUUCUUUUGCUGCCUUGUCGGCAUUGCUCGGUGUGCCACUCCUGCCUGCGGUCCCUGCGGGAUGAGAAGUGCCCUUUGUGCCGGAGCUCCUUUUCCAGUUACCUCACCUGCCCUUCCAGGCAGGGGGUGGGAAAGCAACAUGUGUAA